AGUGAUGAGUAUACUCUCCCUGACAUCACAGAUAAAGAAAUCAUUAUAAAUUUUGGAAUUGAUCCAGAACAGUGAACAACGCAGAACAAUCCGAAGCCUGAAGCUGUGAUAAUGAAGAUUCAUCGUGGAUCUAUGACUUUCCUUGAGCUAUGUGGAUAUUUCAAUGAUCCUACAAUCCUAGGAAAGAUAAUCAAUAUUGUGCGUGUUCUUGCAAAUGGCGGAGUUGAGCAAGCGGAGGAUACAGGUGGUGUAUUGAAAGACACACUUGCAGAGUUUGGGGAAACUUUCUACAGUUAUGUUGACUCUGAAGAACUCAUUGAAUGUCUCGACACACAUGAAUGCAGAACACAUGUUAACAAAAAGAACAUCGUUGCAGUCCUGCUAGAAAUCGCGCACAAAGAGUUACUGCAAACACCAAUGUUUGUCUCCAAAGGUCCUCUUGAGACUGAUGUUGCCAAGUAUCUGAGAAGAUAUGUGAAGCAACUCGACCAAGCCAAACUUCGCCAGUUCCUGCGGUACUGUACUGACUCAGACCUGCUUAUAGUUGAUAGAAUCACAGUCGAGAUGAUAUCCAUGAAGCCGUGCAACGUCAGCCGAUUGGACUCACAUGAGGAUCUGUGUGUCAAGUAG